AUGGUGUGUAGCACCAUCUGCCUGUUUCAGCGUGGCCAGUGGGGAAAUGAAGGGUCCAGAGGAGAUCAGCGCAACUACGACAAUCGAGGUGGCCGAGGCGAGUGGGGAGACCGGGGCGGUCAGCGUGGUGACAAUCAGCGCGACUACGGAGAUCAGCGCAACUACGACAAUCGAGGUGGCCGAGGCGAGUGGGGAGACCGGGGCGGUCAGCGUGGUGACAAUCAGCGCGACUACGGAGAUCAGCGCAACUACGACAAUCGAGGUGGCCGAGGCGAGUGGGGAGACCGGGGCGGUCAGCGUGGUGACAAUCAGCGCGACUACGGAGAUCAGCGCAACUACGACAAUCGAGGUGGCCGAGGCGAGUGGGGAGACCGGGGCGGUCAGCGUGGUGACAAUCAGCGCGACUACGGAGAUCAGCGCAACUACGACAAUCGAGGUGGCCGAGGCGAGUGGGGAGACCGGGGCGGUCAGCGUGGUGACAAUCAGCGCGACUACGGAGAUCAGCGCAACUACGACAAUCGAGGUGGCCGAGGCGAGUGGGGAGACCGGGGCGGUCAGCGUGGUGACAAUCAGCGCAACUACGACAAUCGAGGUGGCCGAGGCGAGUGGGGAGACCGGGGCGGUCAGCGUGGUGGCAAUCAGCGCGACAACUCUAACCAGUUCGGAUACAGGAACGAGAGAGAUGGUGGGAUCGGACGGCAGCGGUCGGCGCGCGACAAUUUUGGCGCCCAUGACAAUCGUGCUUCCGAUGAACGUGGAUCAACUGACCCCGCCGUGGGAGAAGUGUUUGAUGAACAAGCUGCCAAGAUCCUCUACGAACUGAAACGCCGGUUUAAGAGCUCAAAAACCGGGAAAGAGAGAAGGGACGUACAACGUGAGGCCCGCCGCAUCGUGCGGCGAGCGCGCGUCGACCCAUCGACCCAGGACGAGAAAUCGGUGACACUACUUCUCAACUGUGCCGCUACCUUCCGGUGCUAUCCACAUACAGAGGGAAUCAAACAGGCUACAGAAUGGAUGCGGAAAAAUAUUGACGGCUUGUCACCCCAAAACGUGGCCCUCUUCACGAACGCAAUUGGAGCGCUCUCGGUAGUGGAUAGCGAUACCAUUUUAAUUAAUGAGAUAUCUCCUGCAGUGGAAGCUUGUUACGGGCAAAUGAACCCCGUGGAAUUAGUGAUGACCCUGCAAGCCUUCCAACGUGGGAGAAUAACAGAAAAUGAAGACCUUCAGGUAUCACUAUUGCAGCAGUUAGUAACUUGUGUGCCGCAGAUGCCGGCGCCCCAACUGUCCACCCUGGCGGGCGUCUUGGUGGACACACCUCUCCGGAAACGUGACGAAGCGACGUGGCAGGAGAUCGCCAAAACUGUCGUCUCAAAGGCAGCCAGCGGUGCGGAGAACAUGCAUUCUCGAGAGGUUAUAACGCUUCUAAAAGCCACACCGCGCCUUGGUGUCCCGGAAGACCACAGUUUCCAUCUGGUUGAUCGGGCCAUUGCGACAGUGGGGUUCCACACGGACGAGCAAAUUGGGGAGCUUCUUGAAGCAGUAUCAUACUACCGUGAUCCUCAAAAGACUUGUGGGAGGGAGCUGAACGAAAAACUCGACAAAUUGGUUGAUGCCCUAUGGGCUCGUCUUCAGAAAGUGGCGCCCUUUGCGGAUGCUGCAAGUGUUACAACGAUCAUGCGUGCCGCGCACAGGUCAGGUGUCGAUGUUCCUCGUGACAUUGUGAGCACUCUGGUUCAAGCGGUGAUGAGGGAGCUCCGUUACCACCGUUUUACCUUCCGGCGAGUGGCGUCAUUGUCUGAGGCUUUGGCGUUGCAGAAGGUACCCGCGAAGGAGCUACUCGUCAUGCUUGGCGACUACUGCAUCGGAAAGCGACCUCCACGGGAGGAGCGCGGCGAGAACACCCCCGUUGAUGACCAUAACUCAGGAAUUGAAGAACGCAUGGACAUAUAUGCUCGCUUCCUUGGGGACUUGACAAAAGCGCGUAUUGCACUAGAAAAUGCCCACAGUUCCAACGCCGGAAACGGUGAACCGGGUUCAAGUGUUUCUCAGAUUCUUGCACAGAGGCUGGAAGACAGCGUGGGCUCCGCCCCUCCGCGGGAGCUUCUCAAGUCUGUGCGAGCGAUCUGCACCGCAGCUGACGACUGCCCGUUUCGAAAUCGUGCGAAUGACGGAAAGAUCAUAGCACUGUCUGAGCAACGGAUUGCGAAGGAGGGCGCCAGUUUCAUGGAGGGAGUGCGCAAGACGACCAUGGAAAAUUUUCUGUCGGCUGUUAGUGGCAUUCCACAGGCGCAGAAGGUGGUUGAGGUACUUUCCCACCAAACUAGGUAA